AUGCAUCAGUAUUUCAACUUCAAUUGUAUGUAUGGGCCAAAGAAGUUCAAAGGUCGGUUUUCUUUGCCUCGUCAACUUUUUCUGAGAAUUUUAGAGCAAGUUUGUGAAUUUGACCAUGAUUUUCGCCAACAAACGGAUGCUUGCGGUAUUCCUGGUCAUUCUCCAGAUAUGAAAAUGGUUGUCGUCAUGAAAUAUUUUGCCAAAGGUAUUGCACCGGAUUCCUUAGAUGAUUACACACAAAUGGGAGCCACCACUGUCUACCAUUAUGCUAUGAAGUUUAUGGAUGCAAUUAUUUGGAUUUAUAAUGGUCGAUACAUGCGUCAACCUACCGCUCAAGAUACGAAAAGGAUUUUAGCAGAAAAUGAAGCUCGGGGAUUUCCUGGUAUGCUUGGUAGUGUCGAUUGUUUUCACUGGGCAUGGAGAGCAUGUCCAAUGGAUCAAGCAGGUUCCCACAGCGGCUAUAAGCCAUAUCCCUCGGUUAUUUUGCAGGCGGUAGCUACAUAUGAUAGAUGGAUCUGGCAUUCCUAUUUUGGGUUGGGUGGGCAGAACAAUGAUCUUAAUGUCUUACAUGCUUCGGGUUUGUUCGAUAGACAACUCCUUGGUGUAGCACCUCCUUGUCAUUAUCAAAUCAAUGGAAAGAAUUACGACCAGGGGUACUACCUAGGAGAUGGUGCAUAUCCCAUGUAUGGUUACAUCGUGCAAGGAUACAAACCCGCCUCAAACAUUAGAGAAGGUCUUUUCAAUCAAUAUCAAGAAGCUAAAAGGAAGGACAUAGAACGUGCAUUUGGUGGUUUAAAAGGUCUGAGAGAUGGUGAUAUUCCAAACAUGCAUAUUGAUGAUGCCUUGCCGGAAGUUCAUGAGGGUACAACCGACGUGGACACCGAUGAAGAUCAAUAUGACCCUCGAGGAGAUGGUGCAUUUUAUGAGAAUGGAGAGUAA